AUGGUAAUGAGGAGACUGUGUCCGAACUUGGAAAGGGAAGAUGGGCUGGAGACGGUGCUGGAGGUGCCCAUCCCGGAGGAUAUGUUCAAGAGCUUGGGGAACAAUGUGGAGGUGCGGUGGCAGAACAUGCUCACCUGGAUGAAGGCUCAGAACUCCGGCAAGUGGUCGUCCCCCCUUAUCGCCGCCCGCUUCAACGACCUCCGCUUCCUUCUUUUCAUCGUGGGUUCCCCUCUCAUCCCCCUUCGCGUCCAUCUGGACCACUCCAUUCGCCGUCCCAUUCGCGAUUGCUCCAUUGAAGCUUCAACGGCCAAAUACAUAGUACAACAGUACAUAGCAGCAACAGGCGGGCAGGCAGCUCUGAACUCGGUGCAGAGCAUGUGCGUGACGGGACAGGUGAAGGUUGGUGCCUCAGACUUCCACCAAGGAGGCGACAGCGUGAGGGCGAGAAGCAGCGAGGAGACGGGAGGCUUUGUCCUCUGGCAAAAGAACCCCGACCUGUGGUGCCUGGAGCUCGUCAUCUCCGGCUGCAAAGUCACCUCCGGCAGCAACGGCAAGCUCUCCUGGAGACAAUCCUCCAACCAGAGAAACUCCAUCUCCAAAGGCGCCCCCAGACCUCUCCGCCGCUUCUUACAGGGGCUGGACCCGAGAUCCACGGCGUACCUGUUUCUGGACGCGGUGUGCAUCGGAGAGAAGAUAAUAAACAACGAGGACUGUUUCAUCUUGAAGCUGGAGACGAGCUCCGCCACGCUGGAGGCGCAGAGCGGCCCCAACUUCGAGAUCAUCCACCACACGAUAUGGGGAUAUUUCAGCCAGAGGUCGGGGCUGCUGGUGGAGUUCGAGGACUCCAGGCUGCUGAGGAUGAAGACGAAGGGGGAGGACGACGUCUUCUGGGAAACCAGCACGGAGUCGGUGAUCGAGGACUAUAGAUACGUCGACGGCGUCAACGUGGCCCACAGCGGGAAGACCACGGUCACGGUGUUCAGAUACGGGGAGCAGUCGGCCAACCACAAGAGGGAGAUGGAGGAGACGUGGAAGAUUGAAGAGGUGGACUUUAACGUGUGGGGUUUGUCCUCGGAGUGCUUCUUGCCUCCUUCGGAUCCAUUUUGUGCCGCCGGAGGAUACCGAGGUAAGAGUAGUUCCAUUGAAAUGAAAAGGAAUGGGAAAAAGCAAGAUGCUGAGAGGCAAGCUCAAAAGGAUACAAAGCAAGCUGUAGGGCAGAAUAGACAAGGCUUGGCAAUACAGAGAACAAAUAGUAGAUUAAGCCACAUUCCCGAAGAAGAGCGUUAUGCAGUCCACCAAUUCACUGCUUUGUUUGCACAAGCUAAAAUAGGCAGCAAUCCAACCACAUUUUUGUAG